AUGGCUCAGGGAAUGGUCAAUGUAAACAUUGUUAGCAGUACAGAUGUUUUAUCAGUGUUCACUAACAAGCUUGAGGCAAGUGUGAGUGUAGUACCAAAGAAUUACCAGCACAUCCUGGCCUUGACAUUUGCAGUAAAGGAGAUCAAUGAAAACCCACUUAUCUUACCGAAUCUCACUUUUGGCUUCCACAUUUACGACAGUUAUUUCAAUGCAAAGAGGACCUAUCAUGCCACAUUGUUACUUAUGUCCACACUGGAGAGAUUUUUCCCUAACUACAUAUGUGACAUCCAGAACAACCUAAUAGCAGUUAUUGGGGGACUGGACUCCCAAACCUCUAUUCAUGUGGCAAAUGUUUUGGAUAUCUAUAAGAUUCCACAGCUGGUUUAUAGUCCUGUUCCAGUGAUGAAUGAUAAAACCCCAGGCCUUCUCUUCUACCAGAUGGUUCCUAAGGAAGUCCUUCAGUUUAAGGGAAUUCUCGCUUUGCUUCUGCAUUUCAGGUGGACAUGGAUUGGGGUUGUUGUUAUGGAUAAUGACAAUGGAGAAAGAUUUUUGCAAACUGUAAUUCCAAUGCUUUCACAGAGUGGUGUCUGUUUUACCUUCAUACAAAGAAUCCCCAUAUUUACUUUUGUCACUGACAUUAAAGAUAUGCUGGACAACGGGGCAAAAAUACAUGACAAAAUUAUGGGCAGCAAAGCUAAUGUAUUUGUGGUCUAUGGAGAAUCAUACUCCUUUGCAUUUUUUAGAUGGUUGCCAUAUCUAUCAGAACAAGAACACAUGGCAAGAAAACCAAAAGGUAAAGUCUGGAUAGCAACAGUCCAGGUGGAACAUACGUCAUUUGUUUUUCAAAGGACUUGGAAUACAGAAAUGUUCCACGGUGCUAUAUCCUUCGCAAUUCACUCCAACAAUCAACCAAGUUUUCACCAGUUUCUUGAGGGAAGAAACCCUGCCACCACAACUGCAGAUGGUUUUAUCAGAGAGUUUUGGCAAAAUGCCUUUGGCUGUGUAUUUCCUGUUCAGAGUCUUGACCAGGCAGAGGCCAAUAUUUGCACUGGUGAGGAGAAUCUGGAAAGCCUUCCAGGGACUUUUUUUGAAAUGAGUUUGACUGGCCACAGCUACAGUGUCUACAACGCUGUCUAUGCUGUGGCCCAUGCUUUACAAGCUAUAUUUUCAUCUAGACUGAAAUACAAAGCAAUUAUGGAGGGAGGAGAACUGAAGCAUCAGAUGCAAGAGGCCUGGAAGCUCCAUCAUUUUCUCAGAAGGGUCUCAUUUAACAACAGUGCUGGGGACAAGAUUUCUUUAGACAAGAGCGGGGAAUCUGUAGGUGGAUUUGAUAUUAUCAACUGGAUUUUUUUCUCCAACCAAUCCUUUCAUAGAGUAAGAGUUGGAAGGAUGGAUCCCCAGGCUACUCCAGAUCAAGCAUUUACCAUUGAUCAAGGUGCCAUAACAUGGCACAGCUGGUUUAACCAGACUCGUCCUCUUUCUGUUUGUACUGAGAGUUGCCAUCCUGGUUCUAGCAAGAAAGUGAAGGAGGGGGAGCCAUAUUGUUGCUACGAUUGCAUCCUGUGUCCAGAAGGCAAGAUUUCGGACCAGGAAGACUUGAACAACUGUUAUGAAUGCACAGAUGAAACUUAUCCAAACAAAAACAGGGAUCUAUGUAUUCCCAAGGGUAUCAGCUUCUUGGCUUUUGGAGAACCUUUGGGGAUCAGCUUAGCCUCUUUUGCUCUUUCCUUUGCUUUGAUCACAACCCUGGUGCUAGGAAUGUUUGUGAAACACAAGGAUACUCCCAUUGUCAAAGCCAAUAACCGGAACCUCUCCUACACACUCCUCAUUUCCCUUCUGCUUUGCUUUCUUUGUGCAUUGCUAUUCAUUGGCAAGCCUCACAAUGUGACAUGUCUCUUCAGACAAACUGCUUUUGGCAUCAUCUUUUCAGUGGCUGUUUCUUGUGUGUUGGCAAAAACCAUCACUGUAGUUCUGGUUUUUAUGGCCACCAAACCAGGAUCCAGGAUGAAGAAGUGGGUGGGGAAAAGACUGGCCAACACUAUUGUUUUUUCCUGCUCCUUUAUUCAAGCAGGUAUCUGCAUCAUGUGGCUGGCAACAAAACCUCCAUUUCCAGAUGCUGACAUGUAUUCAAUGCCUGAAGAAAUUGUACUGGAAUGUAAUGAGGGUUCAGUGACAAUGUUUUACUCCGUUCUGAGCUACAUGGGCCUCCUGGCUAUUGUUAGCUUCACUGUGGCUUUCCUUGCCAGGAGGUUGCCUGAUAGUUUCAAUGAAGCCAAAUUUAUCACUUUCAGUAUGUUGCUUUUUUGCAGCGUUUGGUUAUCCUUUGUUCCAUCCUAUCUGAGCACAAAAGGGAAAUAUAUGGUUGCAGUGGAGGUCUUUUCUAUCAUAGCCUCCAGUGCUGGGUUACUGGGCUGCAUCUUUUCUCCCAAAUGUUUCAUUAUUUUGUUGAGACCUGAGCUGAACAACCGAGAACAGCUAAUUAGAAGAAAGUCUUGA